AUGCUGCUUCAAGGAUCAAGAAACAGGACUUGGUUUCCCCGAGAUUUGUCCGCAUUCGGCUCCGAGGCAGUCCGAGCACUUCAUACCAGUUGCGCGUUACGAACGAAUACCACGAAGCAUAUGGAUACAGCUCAUUCAUCCGAUUGCAAAUCCCCAAAUGCCAAACUAUCUAAAGAUCCAAGUCUCGGCCGCAAGGAGCUGCCUCUGGCAACCCAGGACGAAAGUAACGGGCUCGCAUCGUACGCCCUUACAACUCUAGAUACAAUCGCAAACUGGGCCCGCGAAGGUUCACUAUGGCCCAUGACGUUCGGCCUCGCCUGCUGUGCCGUCGAGAUGAUGCACCUCUCAGCUCCGCGUUACGACCAGGACCGCCUGGGCACCUUCUUCCGAGCCUCACCCCGUCAAUCCGAUGUCAUGAUCGUCGCCGGUACACUGACCAACAAGAUGGCGCCAGCACUGCGCCAGGUCUAUGACCAGAUGCCCGAGCCGCGGUGGGUCAUCAGCAUGGGGAGCUGUGCUAAUGGCGGCGGAUAUUAUCACUAUAGUUACUCCGUCGUUCGAGGGGUUGACCGCGUUGCGCCGGUGGAUGUAUAUAUUCCAGGCUGUCCACCCACUGCUGAGGCGUUGAUGUUUGGGAUGUUGCAGUUGAAGCGCAAGAUUCGGAAUACGAGGUCGGCGCGUAUGUGGUAUCGCAAGUAA